AUGGCCGCCGAGAACGUGUUCGCGUCCGAUAGGUCGCUGGGCCCAACAUCACCCGAAGAACCGCACCUAAAUGGGGAACAAGGACCAUCGAUUCGAGAAUGGACGCCUCCUCCGCCUGCGACCCCUACACCGCCCUCGACGCCCUUGCCGAGCCAUUCGUUUUCGAGCCCUGGGAAUAGGAAUGGAGGGUUUGCUAGUGCGUCCCCCGUGAAUGUGUUUUCGACCCCGGAGAGGAACGGGUUUUCGACUCCGAAUGCGGCUUCUACGCCUGUCAAGCCCACUACUACUACUCCUGAGGUGAUGUCGACUACACCCUUGGGCGCGCCGCCUCUGUUCCCUGCUCGCGCCUUGAGCCCGAUCCCGGCACGUUUACGUCGCAUGACGCCCGAUCCCGGUUCCGCAUCCGACGAAGUCGUCUUUAGAGGUCGUCCUCCUCGGCCUCGUCCACGCCUCAAAAGCGGAAACGCCCGCCGAUUUCAGCCGUUCGGGCGAGAUAAAUGUCGAGGCCGGUGGGAGGACACGCAGCGGGAGCGGGAGUGGGGGCGCACGGCGCACGGCGCAGUCGUUGAUUCGGAGGAGCAGACCGGGGACGGAGGCGAGGUGUCGAGCGAUGGGCGGGACGUCGUAUUAUUUGUGCCCAAGAGUCUGGGUCCGCCUUCGAGAGCUGCGUCGCCUACCAAGUCGCGCGCUGGGUCUCCUGCCAAGUCCCAAGUGCCCUCGCCUUCGAAAUCUCAGAUACCGUCGCCCUCCAAGUCGCGAGUUUCGUCGCCUUCCAAGUCGUAUGUUCCCUCGUCGCCGAGCAAGUCGCGUGUGCCUUCGCCGAGCAAGGCCCGGUUCCGUCCCCAGCCAAGCAGCCUCUGCGCCCGUUGCAAGCCGAGUCGACCUAUGCCGCCGCCGAUGAUUCCUGGCUCCCCCUCCAAUGUUGGGACUCUGGGUGCAGAGCCAUUCAUGACGUCGUCUCAAGAACUGCCUCGUCGUCCGUCGAUUGAACUUCGUGAACCGAUUAUCGUCCAACCUCAGCCACAUAUGUUCAGCCGAAUGGAAACCGCUUCUCGCGACGGGUCCUUCCACACCGCUCGGGAUAGUCCUGCCCAAUCUACCGAUGUCGACUUUCCAGGCUCGUUCCCGCAUACCGAGACGCCCGUGCACAUGGUGGAAAACCAAGAGGGCUCGUCGAGCGCGGGCCAUUCUGCCGUCACGGCCGAGGAGAACCCGCUCGUUCAGUCCGCAAUGAGGGCCAUGGUAUCUCGUCCCGUGACGAUGACCAUCACCCGUCGUCCCAGCGGCGAAUUCGCGCCCAGUGCACAUGGAAGUUCGACCCCGGCUCGUCGAGCCGCCAGCGUUCACUCGUUCGUUCCGGGCGGCUUGGUUCCUCCUGCCUCGUUGGCCCCGUCCCCGUCCAUCCCCGGCUUAUCCCACACGCCCAACUCGUCCAACGGUGGUUGCAGCAUACCCGUACGCCACGAUCAGCACUACUCUCCCCCAGAGUCACUGCCUGAAUCAGUCACGCCACCUACUGAUGCAUCGAGGCCACCCACGGAACGGUCAAACUCUCAUCCCGGAAACGAGUCGUUUUAUAGCGCUCACGCGGCCGACAGCGAUAUUCGUCUCCCCGUCGAGAGCUGGAUCGCGUUUACUAUGGGCAACAUGGACGCCAACGGUCUCCCGAUCACGCGCGCAACGUUUGAUGAGCUCCAGAGUAGCGAGGACGAGAGUGCGGCGGUUGCCGAGCGGGAGAGCGCCGGUCAGAGUUUGUCCGAUGUCGGUACCACGCCCUCGCCCUCUCGGUCCGGCUCUCGUCACUCGGGAUGGCUUGCGGACGCUGCUCCUGCUGGCGCAAACGGACACCUUACCGUCCAGACGUCGGACCUCGACUGGGCAGAAGAGGACGGCAACACCUCUGCGUUCUCUCUCGGCAGCGACACGUCUGAAUCCAACCGCCGCACUGUUGAUCGGCUGCAAACCGUAGCGUCUAUUGUCCAUGAGCUCAACGUGCGGACUCCGAUCCCAUCGGCUAGCUCCUCCCACCUCCGUGGCCCACCCAGUCUGGCGACUACCAGCGCGGCAUACGUUACCCCGCCCUCGUUCGCGAACCCGCCUCCGUACCGAAGCUCACACUCUGCACCGUCUAGAACCCUCUCGCCCGGCGCGGUCAGCAUCACGUUUAGCGAGGCCAGCCCCUCGUUAUCGACGAUUCCUCCUCCAUCCCUAGUGGUCCCCUCUGAAAACCGCAACUGGUUUGCGGAUUCGCUUGUUCUUGCCGAAUAUAGACAUUCGCUUUAUUUACGAGACGACGACCAACGAGCACUGGAAGAAGGCGAAGACGUAAUUCUCUACGGCGGUGACUGGGAACACGUUGGCAGACGAUCCGAGAGCCGCGCGACGACCAACUCGGCUGUUCCUGUCGAGGCUCCCGUCGACUAUACCCCUAAUGCCACCGACCGCCAGUCGCGCAACAAGUAUAUUCAGUUUGUGCUCUCCGUUGCGGGCGCUUUGCGUACUGGGGCGCCUCCCCGGUCUCAGCGCAUGGUCGAGAAUGUACUUCGUCCCCUUCGUCGACAGCCUAGCCAACCUGGUCCACGCUACGAAGAUCUGUAUGACGAGAUUGGUCGUGAUGAAGCCGGCGCUUUGCCGGAUGAUGAUGAGAUUGUCGAGGAUUUCGUUCGAAGCAUCAUGACCCCGCAACCGGGCACGCCACAUCGUCCUCCGCCUCCAAUCCUCAUCCAGGGAUCGAAUGUUCUCCCAUGGCCUGCUCUUCCCUCUCCUGUCUCGCCCCGCAUCCGAUUUGCACGCUCAGUCUCACGUCAGACGACACGCAGUCAAGCUACGAGCAUUACUCAUAUUACGUCUUCCCAUUCUGGUUAUUCCAGCUUAAUUCCUCCCCCGCCGCGCCCCCGUCCCCGCUCUUUAGAACCUCACUGGCUUACGAUUUAUGUUGCCGGCCGGUGGCCUAUUCCUGAUACGUAUGUUACCCGUCGGACGUACAGCUCGCCGAGCGCGCUGGGUCCCCCUAUGCCCUAUCUUUGGAGACCGAUAUGCCACAUUUCGCCUGAACGUUUGUGGGAAAUUACUAAUUUUGAAGCUCAGGUCCCCGUACCUUCUCAAUUACCGCCUGCGCACUCGCCUCACUCGCCUCUGAAUGCUAGACAACACUUCCCGACACCUGCCACGACGCAGAACCAUGCGACGACUUACUCGUUCUCGACGAGUUCUACGACCUCGAGCCGGAGCAACAUGAUGCUUCCCCCUCCCCCGACUGUCUAUCCUGAUGUAGGGUUCAGAACGAGCCAUGCCAAUCUCCAGAUUGACUCGUUGUCCGCGCUGCCGCCUUUGCCUCCGUCGGUUCCGACCCUCAUGGAGCACCAGCUGAGCAAUACGAGCAUUCCCGUUCGGGAUCACUGGCCUCGAGGCUCUCGCUUGGAUCGACAAUUUCAUCGCCAAGACGCCCAUCCACCCAUCCCAGGUCACCCAGCAGCAGAAUCGUUACCCCCGGAAAAUCACCGGCCGCGGGACACGAGUACGCACUCACUCGAUCCAUUCACGCAACUCGUCGCCAUUUGUCCCAAGCCCAAGUUUGGUGUUGCUGGCAAAGUCGUUGAACUCAGUCGUCGCAUCUUCCGCCGAGGCCGUCGCGCAAGGUUGGAAAGCAUUCGUUCGCAAGUGCAGAGGACCUCUCCCGAGACGUAA